AGCGCCAUACGCAGUUAUUCGUCAGCACGUAGACCUUAAACGACCGCACUCUCGACCACUGCAGACCAGCUCGUCAAAUCUGUGCGUUGCAGAAACGUAUUAUCUGUCCUAAUAAUCACAGCAAAUAAUAUUCUGUAUCAAAUAAAUUCGAGUUUAUCUACAUUAAAGAAAGAUGAAGACUAAAUUCAUCAACGGCGUGUCCGCAUCCCCUACCAUGUCUCUGGGUUUACUGGUGACCGAGAACGAGCUUCAGGUCCAGCCUGACACCGAACCUGCCUGCAAAGCUCUUCGAGAUGAAGAAGCCGACCAUGAGACCAAACACCAGGCGUAUCGGUGGUGUAAAGAAUUUCUGCACGGAGCCUGGAAGUGCAUUGAGGAGGAGGAUUUUCAGUUAACUGUAAUCAGAGGGGGUCUCAGCAACAAGCUGUUCCUCUGCGCAUUACCCGAAGAGAAGGAGUGCAUUGGGGACGAGCCAAAAACCGUGCUGCUUCGCCUAUAUGGAGCAAUACUGCAGAUGUCCUGUAAUAAAGGAGACUCCGGACAGUCAAACACAGAAAAACAAUUUCAGGGAACUGAAGCAAUGAUCCUGGAAAGUGUGAUGUUUGCCAUUCUGGCAGAGAGGAAGCUCGGGCCUAAGCUCUAUGGCAUAUUCCCCCAGGGGAGACUGGAACAGUAUGUCCCGAGCCGCAGGCUUGCCACAGAGGAACUGGGAAUUCCCAGUUUAUCUGCCGAGAUUGCAGAGAAAAUUGCUAAGUUCCACAAGAUGAGGAUGCCUUUUAACAAAGAGCCCAAAUGGCUGUUUGGUACAAUGGAAAAAUACAUGAAUCAGGUGCAAAGGCUGACCUUUACUAGAGAGAUCCACAUCCAUAAGUUCAAUCAUCUUAUGAGCUACAACCUGAUUCAGGAGAUGGAGAAUCUCAGGUGUCUCCUGGAAUCCACCCAAUCUCCUGUUGUUUUUUGUCACAAUGAUUUGCAAGAAGGAAACAUCCUUCUUCUAAGUGGCCGGGAAAAUAUGGAAAAGCAGAGGCUUAUGCUGAUUGACUUUGAGUACAGCAGCUACAACUACAGAGGAUUCGACAUAGGAAACUUCUUUUGUGAAUGGAUGUAUGACUACAACUGUGACACAUUUCCAUUUUUUAGUUCCAAUACCAAGAACUAUCCAAACAAAGCUCAGCAGAUGCAUUUCUUUAAAAGUUACCUGUCUGAAUAUGACCCCAGCAUGGCAAACUUGAGUGAGGAAGUCCAGCUGAAAAUGAAAGAGAACAUGUUGGUGGAAGUUAACAGGUUUGCCCUCGCGUCACAUUUUUUUUGGGGCCUGUGGUCUAUAAUUCAGGCGAGACUAUCCACUAUUGAGUUUGGCUACCUGGACUACGCCAUAGCCAGAUUUGAUGCAUACUUUGAGCUCAAAAAGGAGCUGGGAUUUUAAACGCUAUGGUAUUACUCUUGGGAGAGAGAAGCUAAGAAGAGUGAAGUGGACACUGCAGACUUGGCUUUUGAAAAAAGUCACUAAAAAGCAGAUGCUUUGUGAUGAUGGUAUGGUUCUGCAUGGUCCUAAAUCAACACCGAUCAUUUUUACUUGUCUUAUGGAUUUAAUAGUGUACUAGGCUACUUCUCAGCAUGUAUCUCAGUGUUUCAGCUCCAGCAGCUCAACACAUUUUCAUACUGCUGAAGGUUUUUGGGCAGCUUAAAAAACAAACAAACAGAAAAAAGCAUACAUGUAAAAUUAUCAUUGCAAAGUAAUGGGUGGGCCUUAAAAACAAACAGCAACAACAAAAAAAAAAAAGCCUAGAAUAAUCUGCUGCUCUAACGUUUAUCUACUGGUAAAAAUACUUGACCCUAAAGAACUAUGUAUGUCUGCAUUUGUUAUGGCAGGUAACCUUUACUGCAUUAUCUUUACAACCUGAGCUAGGAAAUGUGAAAAAGUGAGGUUUGGCAUGGACCUUGAGCUAUAGACUGGUACAACAAAAAACUCAUUUGGCACUGUGGAUUGUCAGUGCUUAGAGACACGUAUACAUUUAUCCAACUUAUUUCAGUAAAGGCUUAUGGUCCUUUUGUAGCUUGUUUACUUUCUUUACUUGAACAACUCCUAGACUCAUGUUUUUUUUCAUGUAGAAAUUAAAAGAAGUAAAGAAAAUUAGUUGUUCCAUGUGAUCUGAUUACACAUGUAAUAGAACUGGAGUCUAGUUCUGUUACAUAACUGGCUCUGUUUCACAUUGUGGAUGCAAUUGUCAUUAUCAACUUGGGUUACAAAAUGACAAUCUUUCCCUUUUUUAUAGUUAGCACAUGUACCCAUUGUUUUUCACGUAAAAGAAUUGUUUUAUUUCUGCUGGGUUAUAACAUUAAUCAUUUUUUAAAAAUGUUUAUAUUUCAUUAUUAUUUGCUGAUCUAUAAGCUAAACUGUGAUAAACGUUUUUAAUAUUUUACAAUCUUAGUUACUAUUUUUGGGUAUCACUUUUGUUAUAUUUAGCUACAAAUGUACAUUAUAGUGGUAGUGUAUUUUUUUUAACAUUACUGUGAAUGUCACUCUAUAUGAGUUAUGUAAAAAAAAAAGUAUUUCUAAGUGAAACUUGUUGUUUUUUCCUUUAAUGGAAGAUGCUUUUUCUUAAUAAGAAAGUUGUGUUUUUUUUAAUGGAUAUAAAUAUUGCUAAUUACUUUUUUUUUAACAUCUUCAUAGUGAAUUCCAAGUAACUUUAUUAGGUUUUACACCCUACAUUUUAAAGCUCUAAGCACUUUCUGCACAUUCUGGAAAAAAAAUAAAUAAAUUCCAAUACAAUAAAAUGGAGCCAUUCCAAAACAAAUGUAUAUGAGAGAAUGUAAUGAUUUAAAAAUCAUAUACUGGAAUUUUAAACAUUAUUUUGUUCCUGACUCCAUCAUAUAUGUACAAUACCACAGGACAUUUCAAAACCAGUCUAAAGUUGGCUCGACAGUUUGCUCUUUUUGUAUUGUAAUGAAAAGAGAAGGAUUUUGUUUUUACAUAAAUAAUCUUGCUUUAAUGUAUAUGCUUUGCUAAUGAAUUAUAAAUAAAGUUAUGCAAAACUA